AUGUUUUCGUGUUGCAACUACACCUGCAUCUCCGCCUACGCGAGAGUAGAUCCCGUUAACUCAGAGGGAUUACCAUCCACAGCCGACGCCCUGAACGGUUAUCAACAGAAUAAAGGCGUUCACGUGAUCGACAAGGGACCCAGCUGCGACGAAGACGUCUGCACCACGAAAGAAUGCAUCUACACGGCCUCCAGACUGUUGAAGAACAUGGAUCCCGAGGUGGAGCCGUGCGACGACUUCUACGAUUUCGCUUGCGGUGGUUUCCUCAAGUCUACCAUCAUCCCGGACGACAAGACCAGUGUAAACACAUUCACUGAAAUUAGCGACGAGCUGCAGAACCAGCUGAGGGCCAGCAUCGAGGGGAAAAGUACGCCGGACGAGCCGAAACCGUUCAGACUCGCGAAGAAUUUGUACAAGGCUUGUAUGAACAAGACAAUCAUCGAGCAACAAGGAUUGGAUCCUUUGCUGAACAUCUUGCGAAAGCUCGGUGGCUGGCCAGUACUUGAAGGUGACCAGUGGAACGAAAAUGAAUUUAACUGGAAGGAAUCGGUGUACAAAUUCCGCCAGAUGGGCUACUCCGUCGAUUACUUCGUCGAUUUCAGUAUUGGCGUUGAUCUGAAGAACAGCACGAAACGAACAAUCGACUUGGAUCAAGCUGCCCUUGGGUUGUCGCGCGAAUAUUUGUCCAAAGGUUUCGACGAUAAAAUCGUACAGGCAUACUACAGCUACAUGGUUGACAUCGCAGUGAUUCUCGGAGCAAAUAAAACCGACGCAAAGAACGAAUUGAAAGAGUCGUUGGAAUAUGAGAUGAAACUUGCCAACGUGAGUUUGAAUGGAUCUAGAUCAAACUUGGCGAUACCUUUCAAAAAAAAAAAAUCCAAACUUAACUCAAAAAUUCGUGUGUAUUUUAACUUAAAACUUUCACUGUUAAUUCCGCAGAUUUCCUUGCCGAAUGAAAAGCGCCGCAACGCCACGCUUCUUUACAAUCCGAUGACGGUACGAGAGCUGUCCAAGACUUACUCCAGCGUUCCGUGGAAGGAAUACUUCAACACUCUUCUAGCGCCUAGCGCGGAAGUGGACGAAGAGGAAGUCGUGAUCGUCAGCGUACCCAAUUACAUCGCGAGCUUGGAGAAACUGCUGGCCGCCACGCCGAAAAGAGUGCAAGCCAACUACGUGAUGUGGAGGGCGGCGGCCUCCUCUGUAAGCUAUCUCACCGACGAGAUUCGAAAAAGGCAGCUGCAAUACUCCACGGCGUUAAGCGGGAAAACGGAGAGAGAGCCCAGAUGGAAGGAGUGCAUCGAUACAGUAUCUGGUAGCUUGGCCAUAAGUGUCGGCGCGAUGUACGUUAGGAAAUACUUCAAAGAAGAUGCGAAGAAGAACGCUGUGGAAAUGGUCGCUGAUAUUAGACAAGAAUUCACCAAGAUACUGAAAAAGGUUGAUUGGAUGGACGAAGAAACUAGAAAGAGCGCUUUGGACAAAGCGGCCAGCAUGACCAGCCACAUCGCUUACCCUGAUGAAUUACUGGACGACAAGAAACUCGAGCAAUUCUACGAGAAACUGGAAUUAACGACCGACAAUUACUUGGAAGGUAUUUUGAACCUGACUUUGUUCGGGGUCGAAUAUUCCUUCAGCAAACUGCGGAAACCCGUGAACAAGUCCGAUUGGGUGACUCACGGAAGACCGGCCAUCGUCAACGCGUUUUAUUCGUCCAUCGAGAACAGUAUACAAUUCCCCGCCGGCAUCUUACAAGGCGCUUUCUUCAGCAACGAUCGGCCAAGAUACAUGAAUUACGGCGCUAUUGGUUUCGUUAUUGGCCACGAAAUAACGCACGGCUUCGAUGAUCAGGGCAGACAGUUCAAUAAAAACGGAAAUCUAGUCGACUGGUGGGCGCCGCAGACGAAAGAGAAAUAUCUGGAGAAAGCGGAGUGCAUCAUUCACCAAUACGGCAAUUAUACAGUGGAAGAUGUCGGCUUGAACUUAAACGGUAUCAACACUCAAGGCGAGAACAUCGCCGACAACGGUGGUAUAAAGGAAGCCUACUUGGCGUACCAAGAGUGGGUGCAGAGAAAUCACGUGGAGCCGAAAUUACCAGGCCUUCCUUAUACUCCAGAACAAUUGUUCUGGAUCAGCGCAGCGAACACCUGGUGCAGCAAGUACAGGCCGGAAGCAAUGAAGCUUCGCAUUACAACUGGCUUCCACAGUCCCGGUAAAUUCCGUGUUCUGGGGCCUCUUUCGAACAUGGACGAGUUCUCCAAGGAUUUCAAUUGCCCCCUUGGCUCGAAAAUGAAUCCCGAAAAGAAAUGCGCCGUUUGGUGCUUCGGUAGCAGUGGAAAAAUAAUGAAAUUCUUGAACUUGAUGGCACGAGCGCGUUUGAGAAAGAUCUCACUGAAGAUGCCCAAAGAGAGAUGCCUAUGA